AACCUUUAGUUCUUAUACUAUUUAAAAAUAUGUUAUUAGAAAACUAUGAAAUUUUAAUUAUUCAUUCAAAAUAUUAAUUACAAGUCAGAUUUUAAUUAUAAAUUUAAUAUUUAUAUUAAUUAUAAACAUAUUCUGAGAGAUGUAUAAAAAUCUUACCGAAAUUAAAAUUAUUUAUAUAAAAUAAUGUAUUAAUUUAGUAACAAAACAAUUUCGAAAAUCAUAUAAUCUUCCACCUCAAAUAUAGUUGUGUAAUUUUCAAAACAAUUUUAACAAAAUAUAAAAUUAAAAAAAUAAGUAUGCAAACUUAAAAUGAUAAUGUUUUAAAUUUUUCAAAAGGUAUAAUCAUAGAUAAUAAAGAAUAACUUCUUGAAAUGUAACACGGAAAAAUAAACUAUGUUAUAAAAAUUAAAGUAAUCUAAUAUUUUGAAGUUUUAAUUUAAUAACAAAAAAAAACUUAAUAUCAUAACAUCCAAAAAAUAUUCUAAAUCAAUAAAAUUUACUAAAAUAAUAUGAUGGAUGCUACCAUGUAUACAAUUUACUAAAAUCAUAGAUUUAUAUUCACAAUAUAUAACACUAAAAUUAAAAUUAUAUACUUAAAAUGUUUAUAAUAAAUCAAAAGUAUACAUUCAUAAAAUGAAAAAUAUCCGCACGAAUGUGCGGGUCAAAAUCUAGUGUGGUUUAAAACCACUGCUUCAAACCAGUGGUGAUCAUUACAAACUGAAGAGUAACGAGUGAAACAUAUAACCCAAAAAUUGAAUAGUGGUCCAUCAUCUUAUCUUAGCUAAUAAGCAUAUAACCAAUAAUUUCAUACAAUAUAUCUGUUCAUAUUCACUCUAAAUUCACCUAACACACUCUCAUAUCUUACAUGCGUCUCGACACCUUUUUAUACAAACAAAACAAAACAAAAAUAUCAAAUUAUCAGACACAUUCAGAAAUAAGGAAACAGUUUCCCAAAGUACAGGGGCUCCAUUUCAGUAAUAACUAUUAAAAAAAUGAAACAAAGACACAUCAUCAUCUGAUUCAUGAACCUCUUCUCUCCAUCCUCCAACUAUAAAUACAUAUCCUCUACACAUUCUCUUCUCUCAUCACUCUCAUUAGCAAUCACACACCAAUUAACACACUGAGAGCUUUGAAAACAGUGUAAGCAAACAUGCCUUCUCUUGAGAACUCUGUAACCGUAAUCUCAAGAAGCAGAGUCUUCCCUGACCAAAAGUCAACCCUCGUUGACCUCAAACUCUCCGUCUCCGACCUCCCCAUGCUCUCUUGCCACUACAUCCAAAAAGGCUGCCUCUUCACGCGCCCUCAUCUCCCGCCGCACGCGCUUCUCUCCCACCUCAAACACUCCCUCUCUCUGACCCUAUCUCACUUCCCUCCUCUCGCCGGCCGCCUCUCCACCUCCGAAGACGGCCACGUCUUCCUCUCCUGCAACGACGCCGGAGCAGAUUUCGUCUCCGCCGCCGCGAAAUCCGUCCGCGUCGGCGACGUGAUCGGCGGAAUCGACGUUCCGGACGUCGUCAAGGAGUUUUUCACUUACGACAGGACUGUGAGCUACGACGGGCAUAACAGACCGAUCCUGGCCGUUCAAGUGACGGAGCUAAACGACGGCGUUUUCAUCGGUUGCUCCGUUAACCACUCCGUCACUGACGGAACGUCGCUGUGGAAUUUCAUUAAUACAUUCGCUGAGGUGUCGAGAGGAGCUGGGGGGAAUGUGACACGUCAUCCUGAUUUUACGCGGGAGUCCGUGCUAAUCUCACCGGCUGUGCUGAAAGUACCUCAGGGUGGGCCCAAGGUAACGUUCAACGAGAACGAGCCGUUACGGGAGCGGAUUUUCAGUUUCAGCAGGGAGCAGAUUCUCGAGCUGAAAGCGAUGGUGAACAAGAAGAGAAGCUGGACGGUGGGUAACGGCGAGAUAAACGGAGUCGAGGUGUUCGGGAAGCAGAGCAACGAUAAACUUAACGGAAAAGAGAACGGUAAACUAACGGAAAUGUUGGAGAGUUUGUUACUGAGAAACGACGUCGUCGCGGUGGAGAUCUCGUCGUUUCAGUCUCUGUCCGCUUUGCUCUGGCGAGCGAUCACUCGAGCGAGGAAGCUUCCGAGCUCCAAAACGACGACGUUUCGCAUGGCUGUGAACGUUCGCCACCGUCUGAGUCCGAAACUUGACCCGGAGUACUUCGGGAACGCGAUCCAGAGCGUUCCGACGUUCGCGACGGCGGGGGAGGUUCUCUCUCGGGAUAUACGGUGGUCCGCCGAUCAGCUCAACCGGAGCGUGGCGGCUCACCAGGACGGGAAGAUUCGAGACACUGUGGCGGAUUGGGAGGCGAAUCCGAGGUGUUUUCCUCUCGGGAACCCCGACGGAGCGUCGGUGACUAUGGGGAGCUCGCCGCGGUUUCCGAUGUACGAUAAUGAUUUCGGGUGGGGAAAGCCGGUGGCGGUUAGAAGCGGGCGGGCGAAUAAAUUCGACGGGAAGAUCUCUGCGUUUCCGGGGAGGGAUGGAAACGGGAGCGUUGAUUUGGAGGUGGUGUUGGCGCCGGAGACGAUGGCUGGGAUUGAAACUGACGGCGAGUUUAUGCGUUACGUGUCGAAGAAGUAACGGAGUUGAUUUAAUAACGUAACGGUUUGCCUUUUUUUAAUUAUUAAUCUUGUGUUUUGAUGAACUUAACAAUGUAAUAUUGUAAUGAAAUUCUGUAAGUUGACUCCAUAAUGUUAUACAUGUGUUACAUUUCACUUUGGUU